UCAAACUUGCGUCAUUCUCGCGGGCAACCUACUUGUUUUGGGGCCUAGUUGCCACAAAGUAUGAAAGCAAAUUUUGGAAUGGUUCCUAUUUUCGUACACGUCUAAGUAGCAAAAAAGAAUCGUAGUGCGAGUUGUUUUGUGUAAUUUAAAUACUUUUGCGAUGCAAAAUCUGAAAGGAAGUUUAACGGUAUGUUUCUUUGUUUCCUUUUGUACGUAGCCUGUCAGUGCUAAAGGAAGUUAGCUAGCUCGAGCGACUGAUUUUUAGCUUUUAAUUGCUUCUGCUCACAAAAAGGACCAGACCUUUGUGAUUUUUAAGGUGGAUAUUCGGGAUACAACAACAGUGGCCAUGGCUAUGAUUAUGACUGUGGAUCAGUUGGAGACGAAAACAUUGUUACUUCAGGAGUCCUUGAAGACAGAAGAAAACCUGUUGGAUUAUGAAUGUGAGGAGUCCUUGAAGACAGAAGAAAACCUGUUGGAUUAUGAAUGUGAGGAUGAAAAACAUAUGUUUGAGCCUCCAAAUGACUCAGUUUGCUGUGUAAAUGAAACUGCCAGAAAGAGGAAACUAUGCCAAAACGGCUUGGACUGUCCCAGACCAUUUAAAAAGCCAGUGGUAGUGUUGACUAGACUUCCUGAAUAUAAGGUGAGGUCUCUGCGACCACCAACGCCUCAGCAGUUCUACAGUGAAGAUGAGUCUCUCAGCAGCUCUGAUUCUGAUAUGCAGUGGGAGCCAGAAGUUGAUUCCAGUGAUUCAGAUUUUUCACCCUCCAACAAUACACAGAAACCUGCAAGAAUGAACAAAUGCAGUGAGAGCGACAGAACACCACCACCUGCUUCACCUCCGAGCACCAGCACCAAUGCGGCAGAUGUGGCUCCUGUUAUAAUAUCAUCAGUGUUUGGCCAUUCCUCCAAGGAAAUAAUAACUGCCCGACCUGAGGCACAGAAGGAUGAACUCAAAUUGAACAUGGUAGUUCUGGCUAGGAGAAGACCUAUGAGGUGGCAACGGGGGAAAAUAGUCGAGAUAGUUACAAGGGAAGACGGACGGUUAAAAUACAAAGUCAGUUUUGAAGAAAAAGGGAAGAGUCUAGUAUCUGGACACCACGUUGCUUUUGACACCACAGCAAAGGUGGAGCAGCUGUAUGUUGGUGCCCGUGUGGUGAUUCAGUGUCAAGAUAACAAGUACCGGUUCCAGCCUGGUGUCGUAGGCGAGCUCCCCAGCAGAAAGAACCGCCUAAGGUUCUUGAUCUUUUUGGAUGAUCACACGCCGGUCUAUGUUGGGUUACCUUUAAUUCAUUUGGUUUGGAAACCUUUGGAAAACGUGGCAGAUGACAUUCCAGAGGGCCCUCACAAAGACUUCAUAGAACAUUACCUGAAUAAGUGGCCGUACCCUCAGUUAACCCAGUACAGGCUUGGACAGACCCUUAAUGCUGAAUUGAACGGAGUCCUGCAAAAGUGUGAAGUGCAGAUUAUUGACUGCAGCUUAAUGCAGGUUAUCUUUCAGGAGAGUGAACAUAAGGAGUGGAUAUACCGAGGUUCGUCACGACUGGAGCACAUGGCAAAGUUUUUGGAGAUGAAACACAGAGAACAGCUUGAGUGCGACUCUGACUGAACGUCCCCUGAUGCAGUAGCUGCAAAAAUUGAAACUAUUUUACAAUCGGACGAGAUGCCAUUUUUUUUUUUAAAAAAAAAAAAUUUUGGUUUUUUUU